CACGCGGAAGUAGCGUGUUGAUGAAGAGAGGUCACAUUGCUUCAGUUUUGUAAUGUUUUGAUUCAGCAACACUGCCGAUAAUUAUGGAAGCAACCAAAGCAGAGGAGCCUUUCCUGAGGCACGUGGAGACGGACGUACUCAUCCCCAAGAUGAUGAGGGAGAAAGCCAAGGAGCGCUGUGCUGAAAAGGUUACAGCGUUCAACCAGUGCUGUAAAGAGACUGGCUUCCUCAUGGUGUUCAAGUGUCGGGAUCAGAACGCUGCCCUGAAGGAGUGCCUAACCGUACACUACAGAGACUCAGCAUUCUUCGAGGAGUGCAAGCAGGAGUACAUCAAGGAGAAGCUGGAGUUUCAGAGGACUGGGGUAGCGGCUAAGAACCGAUCACAAAAACUACCAACCAGCAUGUAGAUUCCAAAUUGACCCCUACCCCGAAACAUGUUGCCAUGUUGCUAGCACCUAUCCAAUCCUUUCAGAUCUACAGGAGUGGUUAGGUAGUAGGGGUUAGGGGUCAAGAGGGUGGACAGGGGGAGUGAGUGCUACCCACAGGCCUUUGCUUUUGCAGUGUGUCUAUUGUACAUCAGAUUGGGAUGCUCAUUGAUCCAACGGGAGGACAUAGAUCAGGGCAGGAGGACAUUCUAGGCCGUCCCCCUAUUUCUUGACCUAAGUGACCUAUGUAACGACUACGAGCCAGGGUUGUCUGUAGGCCUCCAUUCACCCGUAUGUACUGAAAAGGAAUCUCUUACGGAUGUCUCCUCCACAGAGUCACUCUGGUUAAUCUUAUCAAACAGUCAUGAUGGAAAUCACACUCUCCUGUAUUUCAGAAUGAUCACUAAUGUUUGUUGUUGAUGCGGUCGGUCUGCUCUGCAGUUUGUAUAUUUAUGAAGAAUUUUUUUUCUGUCUAUGCUUUGGAGCGUUUCAUGUUGAGCUUGUUAGCAACCAAUACUGUCCAAAGGGUGAUUGAUUCCAAUGAUUAGACCUGUCCAAAGUACAUUAAUAAUAUUCAGGGUGUUGACACUAACAUCCUCCACUAUGAGGUUGUUCCAAAUGGUUAUGCACAGAUUGAUACUGCGUAGAGGCUUAUCCCAGUAAUUAGGAUUCCCUGGUGAGUUGCCAUAACUAGUGGUGUGAUGACAGUUGAAGCAUCGUGGACAGAGUUGCUGUAAAAAAAGGUAUGAUUAUAAAACAUUUGAUUUGACUGACACUUCAUUGUGUUAAUGCACAUUAUAAAUAAAGGGAAACAGAUGCUCCUA